AUGCGCUGUUUAUUCUCCCUCGCUUUAUUGCACCUCGCAUGGGCCACUCCCGCCCAGGUCCAUUUCGAAUCACCUGCCCGGACCGGUGCGGUCGCCGCCGCACCCUUUGACGGCUCAGUGCGGACAACUUCGACCACACUCGUCGAUAAAUUAUCAAAUGACUCGGAUUAUUCUUCGCUUCUCCGCUUGCUUCAGCGCGCAAAGCUCAUACCCACACUCAACCGCUUGAAUGGCUCUACCUUCUUUGCGCCUACGAACGACGCAAUAGAGAAGCACAAGGCUUCCAACUCGCUGUGGCAUGCCGCACUUUCAGACGACGACUCGCCUCUGCUUGACAACGUACACGAGCAACUACGCCAGGAUCUAUUAUAUCACCUGCUUAACUACUCUAUAUCUCUGCCUCAAGAGGAGAGCAUACUGGUCACACAUACCCUUCACUUUCCCCACGAACACACCGAGCCCCCUACGCAUGAACCCCCUGGACGACCCCCAUGGAUGCCACAACCCGGCGGCACGCUAGGAGGCGAACCCCAACGAUUGCGCGUGGCUGCACGCGAGUCCGCGGUAUACGUGGGCGUGGACACGUUCGGCAAGGGCGGUGCGAAGCUCGUGAAGGGUGAGGUGGAUGCCGGGAACGGCAUCCUCCUCGGCAUAGAUUCGGUCCUUGCACCUCCAUCCCAUCUUGCGGACAUAAUCGGGGAUCAGUCAUCGUUGUCCUACUUCCAACGAAUACUCACACCGGAGGUGAAGGACCGCCUGGCCAACACCUCUGAGCUCACAUUGUUCGUUCCUGUGGACUCUGCUUUCAACGCUUUGCCGAAGUAUGAGCGCUUGUACUUGGAGAGCGACUUUGCUGCGGAUGAUCUCCAGCGGAUAUUUGAGAUGCACGCAGUCGUACAAGAUCGCGUCGCGUACAGCGAGUCUUUCGAGCCCGCAGUGAAUCUCACCACGUUGCACGGACAGACGCUCGAAGUCGUACGGGCGCCUGACAAAGUCCUAGUGUCAAAUGCGGAAAUUGUUCAGAGCGACAUCUAUGCGGCAAACGGCGUACUCCACACCGUUAACUCACUGCUUGUUCCGGAUGGCGCGCUACGCCUCACGCCAGAGAAGAUGCUCCUGACCUUCAACUGCACCACAUUCAUCUCCCUGUUGCACUCGGUCGAUCUUACCAGUCUCGUCAAUAACACCGACGCCAAGUACACUAUACUCGCACCUGCAGACGAUGUCAUCACGCUCUUUGGCAAUGACGAGUUGCCGGAGAAGGGCUCUGAGGAAUUGAAGAAGCUUCUACAGUACCACUUCUUACCCGGGAAAUGGACACCGAAGAAGUUGCGAGACGCUACUCUGGUGGAGACGGAGUUGAUCGAGGACGGACUGGAUGGUGGGCGGCAGGUUCUCGAGGUGGAGGUCACAGACAAGAGCAAAGCCGAAGCCGACUCUUCCGAAGUCAUUCGCUUUGCAGGUGCAGCUGUUGUAGACAGCAUCGAGGUGGGCAGUGCCCUCAUCUACUUUAUAUCUCGCCCCAUAAUCCCUCCCGCCGACUCACUGGCUGUCGCACUUCCCUCGCUAGACCUCUCCGCGUUCCUUGCGGCAGUCUUUUCUGCAGAUCUUCAAGACGUACUCAAGACCUCCGUGCGGUCCACGUUGCUAAUCCCACACAACGAUGCCUUCAAGCGCCUUGGCGCCCUCGUCUCUUCCCGCCUCCUCUCAACGGCAGGAAAGGCCGAUCUGAAGAACACCAUCCUCCACCAUACCCUCGAAGGCGUUUUCUACGCCAACGACCUCGCCAACGGCUCCACACGAACCUUCGGCACACUCGAAGGCUCCGACGUCUCGCUCACUCGCGCAAGCAACGGCUCAUUGUCGCUCGCCGGCUCCGGCGGCUGGCGCGGCAUGAGCUCGGAUGUAUGGUUACAGAACACGCUCUCACGCACUGGCGUUGUCCACGAGCUUUCGGACAUAUUGCUCCCGCGAACCGUCAACUUUACCGUGGGCAAGCUUGUCAAAGCUGCCACAGGCACGACCAUGGCUAACCUUAUCACACGCGCGGGAAUGGACUGGGUGCUCAACGGCACCGCGCCUCCGGAGGACUCCAAGUGGGCGGGUAUCAGGGGCACCGGGUGGACUCUGCUCUGUCCGAACGACGACGCGUUCAAGAAUGUGAACCUCACGGCCUUGUAUGCGGACUCGGACGCGCUGGAAGCUAUCGUUGCCCAGCAUCUCAUCAAGACACCUCCGCCUACGAACGAUAUGCCGCACGAUGAUCGGCCGCUGCCCUUGGAAGACAAGGAAGUCCACGCCACCCUGCUCUCUCCCGAUCAUGAAUACGGCGAUGUCGUCUUCCGUACGGAUAACGGGCAGCUGCUAGUCGGGAUCCAGAACGCGCGCGGCACCGGCGCACGCGACGAUUGGGCGCGCGUCAUAGCCUGGGGCCGCGCAACGACUGGACCGGGUGGCGGUUCCGGCGGCGUCGUGCAGAUCGACCGUCUGCUCAUGCCAUACAGCGCACCAUGGUGGUGGGCGUACGGUGCACCCGCCGCCGUCGGCGUACUCGGCAUCGUGAUCAUUGCCGGCUUCUUCGCGCUCGUGCGAUUAGUGUGGCGCCGGGAUACGACCGAGGCGACGUACGAGCCCGUGGGCGGGUUCAUUCAAGACGAGGACGAUGAGGAGGUUUGA